AUGGCCACAUCAUCAUCAUCAUCACCACCGUCAUCUCCGAUUGGUAAUGUUCUUGAUAAUAAUACUCGUGAUUUUUAUCAACAAAUCUCAACAUGGUUAAAUGAAUUUUUUCAAUUGACACCUUUUACCGAUAUUGAAUAUUCCAUACGUUCAUCAUCAACAACAGUUUCAUCAAUAUUAACAACAAGUGGAGGUACAGAUGGUUCAUACACACGUUCAUUUCCAUAUGAACCAACAAAUCGAAUAAGUAUUCCAUCAGCAACAAUAACAUCCAUACCAGCAACAAUUACUGAACAACAACAACAACAAAAUUCAAAUCAAGCAACACCAUCAGUUUAUCGUAGUGGUUAUAUUCUUUCACUGAAUAUGCUUUGGUUAUCAAUUGAUCAAAAACUUUACUUAUGGAAAUAUCCAACAAUAGUUGAUUUAAUUGAAUUAGAAUUUGAUUCAAUUGUUCUUGCUUGUAAUUGUGUUCGUCGUCGUAAAUCAACAACAACAAAUAUAACAAAAAAAUUAACACAUUCAACAUCAUUUCUUGGUUCAUGGUUACCAUCUGUUAUAACAUCAACAUCAAAAUAUCCACCAAUAUUAACAACAAAUGAUCUUAUUGAACAUUUUAUUCAUUUACUUAUUAUAUUAACAAGUCAAGAUAUAUUAAUCUAUACAAUUGAUGAUCAACAAUCAAAUAAUAUUCAACGUUGGUAUACAACACCAACAUUAAAAUAUACAUUAAAUCAAAUUGGUUAUUUUGAUACAUUAUCAAUAUCAAAUGAAAGAUUUUUUCUUGGUGGACAAUGUGGUGAUAUAUAUGAAUUUAUAUAUGAAGAAAAUGUUAAAUCAACAUUAAAUAAACUUGGACAAACAUUUCUAUCAAAUUUAGUACCAAGUUUUCUUCAAAUUAGUUCAUUAACACAAACAAAUUCACAAUUAACAAUUGUUAAACAAAUAACUAUUGAUCAUCAAAAACUUUUAUUAUAUGCACGUUUAGCUAAUGAUUCAUUACAUAUAUAUGAUAUAUCAACAGAUAAAGGUCAUCGUUUAUUUAAUUAUACAUUUGAUGAUUUAAUUAGUAAACUUAAACAAAGACAAACUAUUGCUUAUGAUGAUUAUCGACCUUUUCUAACUAUGUAUACUGUACAAUCAUAUGAAUCAAAUUUAUUUAAUUUAAUAUUAGUGACACAUACGGGUAUUCGAUUAUAUUAUACAUUAAUCAUGCCAACAGUAGUACAAUCAACUACAAAUACAGCUCAACAAUCUCAACAAUCACGACUUGAAUUAAUUCAUGUACGUUAUCCACCAACAAUACCAAAUUUACCUCAAACAAAUGCUCAACAACCAAUCUUUCGUACAGGUUAUGUUGAUAUGAAUUGUUUAUUUUUAUUUACAAGUGAUUCAAAUCGACCACAAACAUUUGGUCGUAUGAUAUUAUUAAUAAAUUCUGAUUCAACAUUACUUACAUCAACAACGUUAUUAUCAUCUAAUUUUAAUGAUUCAACAAUAAGUCAUCAACAACAGCAACAACAACAACAACAACAAUUUCAACAACGACCAACAUCAGAAAUUCAAUCACAAUUAUUUAAUGAAUUAUUUCUUAUUCAAGAACAAAUAUCAUUAUUAACAUUAAAUAUUCUUCCAUUACAUAUUGAUUUAACUCAAACACAAACUUCAAUACCACGUAUUGGUCCAUUAGCACAAAAUAUUCGUUAUAUGAUACAAACAUAUGAUACAAUUGUAACAUUUGAUAUUCCACGUACAAUUGAACAUUUACGUUUAUUACUUUUUUAUGAUCAACAAAUACAUUCAUUAUUAAUGAAACAAUUUUUUAGUUAUUAUUCAUUACGUUAUUCAUGUUCAAUGAGUUUAGCAUUAACAUUAACAUCUAUGCAAGAUAAUAAUAAUAAUACAAAUACAACACGUAUUAAUGAUGAUCGUUUACGUGAUUUAGCAUUUCAAACAUUUCUUUGGUAUUCGAGUUCAGCUUAUUUACAAUAUUUAGAAACUAUUCAACAACAACAAUUAUCAUUAGAUCAAACAAGAUUUUAUCAAUUACAACCACAACAACCAUUUAAUCGUGCAACACCUAUUUUACCAUCAAUAUAUAUGAGACAAAGAAAUUUUUUUGAACGUUAUAUUAUACCAUUACGUAUAAAUGCUAUAUUAUUUGUAUUAAGUGAUAUACUUCGUCCAAUAUGGACACAAAAAUUAAUUGAAUUAAAAUCUUUAUCAAAACAAGAUAAAACAAUUUAUUAUAUAUUUCAUAAAAUUCAUGAUUAUAAUGAAAUUAAAAUUUUAUUAAAACAAUUAGAAUAUUUUCUUAAAAAAUUAGCACCACAUAUGUGUUGUGUAUGGUCAAAUAAAGAUGAUUUACCUGAAUAUAAUGAACAAUUAGCACAAAGAAUUUAUGCACAACAAAAUAUCCAAACACAAUCACAAUCACAACAACAACAAUAUCAUCACCAACAACAACAAAUAUCAACAAUGAAUGCAAAUAAUUUAUAUCUUCGAUCAGCUUUAACAGGACGUUUAAAUGAACUAACACCACAACAGCAUUCACAACAAACUAUUCAUCAUGCACAUAGUUAUCCAAAUAUAUCAACUUAUGCACAAUCGCCUUUUGGUCAUUCAAAUGCUUUAAAUACAUCAUUAAGUGGUGGUAUUAAUCCUGCUGCUGAUUUUACAUUAUCAUCACCAUCACCACCAGUUCCAACAAGUGGUUCUCUUUUUAGUUCAUCUAUGCAUAAUUUUCCUCCAACAAUAAAUUCUCCAUUUCCAAAUCUUAGUAGUGGUAGUACACCAACACCAUUAACAACAACUUCGACGAAUCCAAAUCAACAAUAUUUUCUUUCGGCAACAUCAUUAUCAUCUAUAACAGAUCUUUUACAAGAAAUUGAUUAUUAUCGUACAAUAUGUCAUAUGAUUGAACGUUUAAUUGAAUUAUUAUCUCUUUGGCAAAUUAUAAAUGAACAUCGUACAGAUAUGUUAAUUGAACGUUUACCUGAAUCAUAUUUAACAUUAUUUAAUGGUACAUCUGGUCCAUUUACAGUUCGUACAUUACUUGAAUUAGAUACACUUUUUUAUGAUACACUUAUAGCUGCAUUAUUAACAUCAUAUGAACAAAAUGAAUCCAUAUUUGAUCAAUUAAUGGGACGUCUUGUUGAUGAAUGUCCAAAAUUAUGUCCAAUUGAAAAACUUAUUUUAUAUAAAGUUGAUUUAUUUCUUAAACCAUCAACAAUAUCAAUAACAAAUCAAUCGAUAAAUGAUCAACAUCAACGUUUAAAACAAGCAUGUCAAUUAUAUAAACAAGUUUGUGAUCGUGUUAAUAUAACAUCAUUUGCAAUGACAUUAUAUACAUUUCGUAUGUAUGAUGAAUUACUUGAUCUUUGUGUAACAGCUGGUUCAAAACGUGAUCCAUGUCAUCAAGCACUUAAUUAUUAUUAUGGACAAUUAGAUGAUCAACAACAAUAUAUUGAUGUUUAUCAACGACGUUCAGAAUGUUAUCAAUCAUUAAUUGAUAUACUUGAAUUACUUUAUCAACGUGAUGGUGAUAAUACAUUAAAAGCAAAUGAUGGAAGUUUAACAUUAAAUGAAUUUAUUCGUCAUUGUUUAUCAUAUGAUGAUGAAUUUUUACAUGUUAAAUUAUUUGAUUGGAUGAUGAAUAAACAAUUUAAUGAAAAACUUAAAUCAUAUAGACAAAUAACACCUUAUUUAGAACGUUUUAUAAGAUAUCGUUUGAAACUAACUAAUUUUAAUGAUUAUAUUACACUUGAUGUUGCUAUUGCUGUACUUCAAGUUGUCAAAGAUUACACAACAUUAUGUCAAGUUCUUCUUCAUUUAAUCGAUUUAUCAGAUCCUCAUGUCAAAUUUGCUGAUCGUCUAUGUUAUUUAGCUGAAGCUCUUCAAAUAGCACGUUCUACAAGUGCUACAUUACUAUCAACAUCACAACAAAUAAAAUCAAGUAAUGAUUCACAAUUAACUGAACUUAUUCCAACACUUGAACAACGUUUACAAACAGCAUUCGUACAAAAACAAAUUUAUACUGAUUUACAAAUGUAUAUGCGUGCAUUAGAAACUCAUACAAUAACAUCAACAACCAUCAAUGAAGAUCUUCAACAAUAUAUUCAACAUAUACAAGAUUCAAUAACAAAAUUAGAUUCCGCAUUAUUUGAUGCAACUGAAUUAUUUGUUGAUUAUGCACAAAAAUAUGAAUUAUAUGAAUGUCAAUUAUUAUUAUUACAAUUAGAUGGUAAUGAAGAACCAACAAUUUUACAAACUAUUUGGCGACGUUUAUUAAGAAAAGAAGUUAAUGAUUUAUUUCCAUCGACAACUAAUUUAACCGGUGGUAAUUAUGAACGUAUUAUAAUAUUACAACAACAUCUCAUUGAACGUUUACGAAAUUGUCGUAAAAAACGUUUACGUUUACCAAUGGAUUUUAUUCGUAGUGAACUUAAACAAAUUGCUCAUACAUUAAACAAUCUUAGUGAUCAUGGUGAUAUAAUAUCAUCUGAAGAUUUUUCCAACCAAAUUCUGUCAGAUUUAUAG